AUGGGUGCUUUUCAAUCAAAGUAUCCUGGAUUGACUGAGGAUCUUUUGGAAGAAUACACUUUGCUAACGUAUCUGAACAAGGGACAAAUAUUAUAUCUUAUGAAAAAAUUCCAUUCAAUAAAUCCGGAAAAAAUUUCUAUGGACUACAAUUAUAGAGUGCAAAAGCAAGAUAUUAUAGCUAAAUUCGAAGUUUUAAGGAAUAAUCCAUUCCAGGAUAGACUGUUUCGUGUAUUUUCUUCUCAGCAAGAUGGUUGUUUUUCGUUCGAGGACUUACUGGACUUAUGCUCCGCCAUGAGCCCCGACUGCCCGGCGGAAGUUAAAGCUGCUUGGGCGUUCAGGAUUUUUGAUAUAGAUGAGGACAAUCAAAUAACACCAAAAGAUAUUUGUAAUAUAUUAGACAGAAUAACAUGGGAUCCAAACAAUCGUACCAAUUUUCUAACCCACGCAGAGAAAAUGAAAAUUGCCGACACUAUAUUAGAAAAAGUCAAUCUUGAUAAAAGCGGCAGCGUCGGUCUGGCUGAAUUCAGAUUAAUGAUCACUAGGAUACCUGAAUUCACUUCGUCUUUUUAUUUCAGAUUAUAA